GGGCUGAGAAGCAUCAUGACCAGCGUCGUACAGGCCUCCCUGGCUGCCCUCCUGCUGCUGCCUAUGGCUACCGCCAUGCACUCUGACUGCAUCUUCAAGAAGGAGCAAGCCAUGUGCCUGGAGAAGAUCCAGAGGGCCAACGAGCUGCUGGGCUUGAAUGACUCCUCCCCAGGCUGCCCUGGGAUGUGGGACAACAUCACAUGUUGGAAGCCUGCCCACGUGGGAGAGAUGGUCCUCGUCAGUUGUCCUGAGCUCUUCCGAAUCUUCAACCCAGACCAAGUCUGGGAGACGGAAACCAUCGGAGAGUUUGGUUUUGCUGACAGUAACUCCUUGGAUCUCUCAGGCAUGAGGGUGGUGAGCCGGAACUGCACAGAGGAUGGAUGGUCGGAGCCGUUCCCUCAUUAUUUCGAUGCUUGUGGGUUUGAUGAGUACGAGUCUGAGACCGGGGACCAGGAUUAUUACUACCUGUCGGUGAAGGCCCUGUACACAGUUGGCUACAGCACGUCCCUCGUCACCCUCACCACUGCCAUGGUUAUCCUGUGUCGUUUCCGGAAGCUGCACUGCACCCGAAACUUCAUCCAUAUGAACCUCUUUGUGUCGUUCAUGCUGAGGGCCAUCUCCGUCUUCAUCAAAGACUGGAUCCUCUACGCUGAGCAGGACAGCAACCACUGCUUCAUCUCCACUGUGGAAUGCAAGGCUGUGAUGGUUUUCUUCCACUACUGUGUCGUAUCCAACUACUUCUGGUUGUUCAUUGAGGGCCUGUACCUCUUCACCCUGCUGGUGGAGACCUUCUUCCCCGAGAGGAGAUACUUCUACUGGUACAUCAUCAUUGGCUGGGGGACCCCAACUGUGUGUGUGUCCGUGUGGGCUGUGCUGAGGCUCUACUUCGAUGACACAGGCUGCUGGGAUAUGAAUGACAACACGGCUCUGUGGUGGGUGAUCAAAGCCCCUGUGGUUGGCUCCAUAAUGGUUAACUUUGUGCUCUUCAUCGGCAUCAUUGUCAUCCUUGUGCAGAAACUUCAGUCUCCAGACAUGGGAGGCAAUGAGUCCAGCAUCUACUUCAGCUGCGUGCAGAAAUGCUACUGCAAGCCACAGCGGGCUCAGCAGCACUCUUGCAAGAUGUCAGAACUGUCCACCAUUACUCUACGGCUCGCCCGGUCCACACUGCUGCUCAUCCCACUAUUUGGAAUCCACUACACGGUCUUUGCUUUCUCCCCAGAGGACGUCAGCAAGAGGGAGAGACUUGUGUUUGAGCUGGGGCUGGGCUCCUUCCAGGGCUUUGUGGUGGCUGUUCUCUACUGUUUUCUGAAUGGGGAGGUGCAGGCGGAGAUCAAGCGGAAGUGGCGGAGCUGGAAGGUGAACCGCUACUUCACCAUGGACUUCAAGCACCGGCACCCGUCCCUGGCCAGCAGCGGGGUGAACGGGGGCACCCAGCUCUCCAUCCUGAGCAAGAGCAGCUCCCAGAUCCGCAUGUCUGGCCUCCCAGCCGACAACCUGGCCACCUGA